CCAAGCUCGACGUUGCCGGAUUUUUUUUUCUAAUUGUGUGCACAAUGUGUGCCUUUGUUUCUUGCCCACUCAAACCCCUCCCGUCCUCCCCUCCCUCCCAAUGUUUCUUCAACUUUUUUGAGAGCCUAAUUUUUUUUUUCCCCUUGGUUGUGCAUGCAGGAGAUUUUUCGGAACCGCAAGGCUGAAAUAAUUGAUCACUGGACAAAGGAUGGUUUUAUUACCAUUCUACAGGAGGAAGGCGAUGCUCUGCUGGGGAGUACUGACAGUGUGCGGCUAUCGGAUAGCACAGGCACAGGCACAGGCACAGGCACAGGCACAGACACAGGCACAGGCACAGGCACAGGCACAGGCACAGGCAGAGGCACAGGCACAGGCACAGGCACAGGCACAGACACAGGCACAGGCACAGGCACAGGCACAGGCACAGGCAUAGGCACAGGCACAGGCACAGGCACAGGCACAGAAUCGCACAGCUCUACAGGGACUGUUGUCCCGUCAUUCUCCUCUCGCGCUUCGUGGGACAAUGAUGUGGGUCAGCUCAACAUCUCUGCUAUGGACAACUGGCGGAAGGCUACGAAGGAGGACGCAGUAGCUGCUAAAGCAGUCCUGCGUCGAGUAAGAGCGUCAUGGUCUCCCCAGAUUGAAGAACUCAGAGCAAUCAUCGAUGAGAUGGAAUCAGGUUAAGUGUCUUAUCAUCUAUCCCUAACAUAUAUGUGGUUGGAUCACUCAGUGUUGACAGCUGGAUAUGGAUCU